AGAAAGAAAUAAAUAGAUGCUCUGAGUUGUUCUUGAGAAUAUCUUUGAUACACUUUGCAUAACUCUCACUCGUGACUACAAAUUCUUUGCUUUUUCUUCAAAUCUCAGCAAUAAAUAUCCACUUUUUUUCCCACUGCAAAAUCCAAUUUAAAUUCUGUUAGCUAAAAUCCCCUUUUCCCCCAAAUCUGUGAGCUCAGCAAACCCUAAUUAUCCAGAUCAAAUUCGUAUCUAUUUCAGGAAAUCUUUUGUUUCCCUUUUCGAUUCCAGGCAUAUUCGUCGUUUUUUUUUUUUGCUGGAAUUUUGAUUUCACCUGAGUAAUUAUUAGAUUCCGUUUGGUUUCUGAGAUUAGCGAAAUCAAGCUCGAAAUUUGGGGGGUUUUUGUAACCGGAAUUUUCGUUACUUUCAGCUUGAGCUAUUGAAUCUUAAGCUUAUGAAUUUUAGUUUUUAGUUUUUGGAGCUGCGGUUUCCGAGGUUGAGCUGUUUUUGGCAGAGUGUGGUGAUUUAGGGUUUGAUUUGUAGAAGAUUGUUGCAGCAGUUAGUGGGAAAUAAAAGAGGGAAAAAUGGAAAAAUACGAACUUGUGAAGGAUAUAGGAUCUGGAAAUUUCGGUGUGGCGAGGCUUAUGAGAAAUAAGGAGACCAAAGAGCUUGUGGCUAUGAAAUACAUUGAGAGAGGGCAUAAGAUUGACGAGAAUGUGGCGCGAGAGAUCAUAAAUCAUAAAUCGCUUCGGCACCCGAACAUAAUUAGAUUCAGGGAGGUGGUAUUGACUCCGACUCAUCUAGCCAUUGUCAUGGAGUAUGCUGCUGGUGGAGAGCUCUUUGAAAGAAUCUGCAACGCUGGUCGAUUCAGCGAAGAUGAGGCGAGGUACUUUUUUCAGCAGCUCAUUUCUGGAGUCCACUACUGCCACUCGAUGCAAAUAUGUCAUCGUGAUUUGAAGCUGGAGAACACCCUUCUAGAUGGUAGCCCUGCCCCACGCCUGAAAAUCUGUGAUUUCGGUUACUCAAAGUCGUCUCUGCUUCACUCAAGACCCAAAUCAACUGUUGGCACUCCUGCUUAUAUAGCUCCGGAGGUUCUCUCUAGAAGAGAAUAUGAUGGCAAGCUGGCUGAUGUAUGGUCAUGUGGUGUGACACUUUAUGUUAUGCUCGUUGGAGCAUAUCCUUUUGAAGAUCAAGAAGAUCCAAAGAACUUCAGGAAAACAAUCCAAAGGAUAAUGGCUGUUCAAUACAAGAUCCCUGACUACGUCCAUAUAUCUCAAGAUUGUAGGCACCUUCUUUCUCGCAUAUUCGUUGCCAAUUCAUCUAGAAGAAUCUCGAUCAAAGACAUCAAAUCACACCCAUGGUUCUUGAAGAAUCUACCAAGAGAGCUAACAGACGCCGCUCAAACCGUGUACUACCGUAGAGAAAACCCUACAUUCUCCCUUCAAUCUGUGGAGGAGAUUAUGAAAAUUGUGGACGAGGCCAAAACACCUCCACCAGCAUCCCGUUCGGUUCGUGCCUUUGGGUGGGCAGGUGUAGAGGAUGAGGAUAAAGACGAAGAUAUAGACGAGGACGACAUUGAGGAGGAAGAAGAUGAAGAAGACGAGUACGAAAAGCAAGUGAAGGCUGUUCAUGCUAGUGGUGAAGUCCGUCUCACCUGAUGAUGAUGAUGUGGGGGCCUACCGAAAAAAAAUCGAGACGCUUUUGGUUGUUGUAAAAAAAAUGGUUCGGCUGCUUUUGGGGAGUUCAAAUAAAGUUCCUGUAAAUUUGUUAGUGUCGAAAUUUGCAUUGUGAAGGUUUCGAGUAUGUUUUGUUUGUUUGUGUGUGUGUCGAUCGAGUUGAACUUUGAGAUUUUAUUGCAUGUUUGUGUGUUUUGCCAAAUACAUAUUUAUGUAUCUUGAUUAUGGUUUAUAAAUCUUGUAAGAAAUGAAUCAUUUCCGUUUGUUUAUUUUAGAAGCAA